CCAAUGAGAGGCGGGGGGAGGCGGGUUCGCGCCGCCAUGUCGCGGAGGCUGCUGCCCCGGGCGGAGAAGCGGCGGCGGCGGCAAGAGCAGCGGCAGCAACUGGAGGAGCCGCAGGAGCAUCAGGAACCACAGCAGCUGCAGCGGCGGCGUCGGCGGGCAGCGGGAGCCAUGGUGAAGAUGGCGGCGGCGGGCGGUGGCGGCGGCGGCGGCCGUUACUACGGUGGAGGCGGAGGAGGCGGCGGUGGCGGCAGCGAGGGCGGCCGGGCCCCAAAGCGACUAAAGACGGACAACGCUGGCGAGCAGCACGGAGGCGGCGGGGGAGGAGCCGGGGCGGCGGGCGGCGGCGGCGGCGGAGGGGAAAAUUAUGAUGACCCCCACAAAACCCCAGCCUCCCCGGUUGUCCACAUAAGAGGCCUGAUUGAUGGUGUGGUGGAAGCUGAUCUUGUGGAGGCCUUGCAGGAAUUUGGGCCUAUCAGUUAUGUGGUGGUGAUGCCCAAAAAGAGGCAGGCUCUGGUGGAGUUCGAGGACAUCCUGGGGGCCUGCAACGCUGUGAACUAUGCAGCGGACAACCAGAUCUACAUUGCCGGCCACCCCGCUUUUGUCAACUACUCAACCAGCCAGAAGAUCUCCCGGCCCGGUGACACAGACGACUCACGGAGUGUCAAUAGCGUGCUGCUCUUCACUAUCCUGAAUCCCAUCUACUCCAUUACAACGGAUGUUCUUUAUACCAUCUGCAACCCUUGUGGCCCUGUCCAGAGAAUUGUCAUCUUUCGGAAGAAUGGAGUCCAGGCCAUGGUGGAAUUUGACUCCGUGCAGAGUGCUCAGCGAGCCAAAGCGUCCCUCAAUGGGGCUGACAUCUAUUCUGGCUGUUGUACCCUUAAGAUUGAAUACGCUAAGCCGACACGUCUGAAUGUAUUCAAGAAUGAUCAGGAUACCUGGGACUAUACCAACCCCAACCUCAGUGGACAAGGUGACCCCGGCAGCAAUCCGAAUAAGCGUCAGAGACAGCCUCCUCUCCUGGGAGAUCACCCUGCAGAAUAUGGAGGGCCUCACGGUGGGUACCACAGCCAUUACCAUGAUGAGGGCUACGGGCCCCCUCCACCUCACUACGAAGGGAGAAGGAUGGGCCCACCAGUGGGGGGCCAUCGUCGGGGCCCAAGCCGAUAUGGCCCUCAGUAUGGCCACCCCCCGCCCCCUCCCCCACCGCCUGAGUAUGGCCCCCACGCAGACAGCCCUGUGCUGAUGGUAUAUGGCCUUGACCAGUCCAAGAUGAAUUGUGACCGUGUCUUCAAUGUCUUCUGUCUCUACGGCAAUGUGGAGAAGGUAAAGUUCAUGAAGAGCAAGCCGGGGGCUGCCAUGGUAGAGAUGGCGGAUGGCUAUGCGGUGGACAGAGCAAUCACUCACCUCAACAACAACUUCAUGUUUGGACAGAAGCUGAAUGUGUGUGUUUCCAAGCAACAGGCUAUCAUGCCAGGCCAGUCCUAUGGGCUGGAAGAUGGGUCGUGCAGCUACAAAGACUUUAGUGGCUCACGCAACAAUCGGUUCUCCACCCCGGAGCAGGCAGCUAAGAACAGGAUCCAGCACCCCAGCAAUGUGCUGCACUUCUUCAAUGCACCCCUGGAAGUUACUGAAGAAAACUUCUUUGAGAUCUGCGAUGAGCUAGGAGUGAAGCGGCCUGCUUCAGUGAAGGUGUUUUCAGGGAAAAGUGAAAGAAGCUCCUCAGGCCUAUUGGAGUGGGAGUCCAAGAGUGAUGCCCUGGAGACCCUGGGCUUCCUGAACCAUUACCAGAUGAAGAAUCCAAAUGGUCCGUACCCCUACACCCUGAAGCUGUGUUUCUCCACCGCUCAGCACGCUUCCUAAUUGCACACCCAGGAUGAGGCCCAAGCAGGAAACCCACCCUCCUUUCCUUUCUGCCGUUUUUUGCAAAAGUUCUUGUAUUCCUUUUCUAAUGCUAGUUUUAGUAGAGGCUUAACCAUAAUGGAAACCCUGCAAGUCUGGAGAGAGGGGCAUCUCCAUCUCCAAGAUUAACCUUCACUUUUUGAAAUUAUUGUACAUGUGAUUUUUUUUUUCCUGUUCAUACAUUUGUGCUGCCUGCCCCUGUGCUUCCAGCACAUUUCAAUAAAAUUGUUUGGAAAAUAAACGUUGUGGUUAUAUGA